AUGGUACCACCAAUAGCACAGAACCGCAAACUUCUCUCCAACCACCCGGAUAAGGUCCGCAUGCUUGUUCUCGAGACCGAUGAGACACACCCCGAUACUCAGAAAGAGACUGGUUCCUUUGGCGUUGUACUGGGCGAACUCCUUAAGAAGGCUGGAGACGAGCAUGAUCCGCAGCUGGGCAUUGAGACGGCUAUGCAAUAUGUUGUUGAGCCAGAGGGUGGCAAAAUACCGACACUAGAAGAGAUUCAAGACGAUGUACACGCUAUUCUAAUCACCGGUAGUUGUUGGGAUGCACAUGGCGAUGACCCAUGGAUCUUGAAACUAAUGCAGUUCAUCAGAGAUGUCUGGCAAAAUCGCCCCGAUAUCCGCUUUACAGGAAUCUGCUUUGGCCACCAGAUUCUCUGCCGUACACUAGGUUCUACCGUGAAACCAGAAAAGAACGGCGAGUGGGAGCUGUCACACCACCCGAUCGAGCUUAUGAAAAUCGGCCGCGAACUCUUCAAUCUGCCAGAGACCGAGACCAAGAUCCACCUUCAACAGAUGCACUUGGACCAUGUUGUUAAUCCCCCUUCACCGGAAACAACAGACUUGCUGCCAAAGGGUACUAAAGUACAUGUUUGGGGCAUGAGCGAUCACACUGGCGUUCAGGGCGUGUAUAUUCAAAAGAGAUUAUUCACCACGCAGGGACAUAUGGAGUUUGAUGAGAAACUUGUCAAGAGACAAUUGGAGAUGAGGGUAGACAGCGGCAGUGUGAGCAAGGAGGAGGCUGAUGAGGCUGCUGAAAGAGCUGACUGGAUGCAUGAUGGAUUGGUUGUAGCCAAGGCUGUGCUGAGGUUCUUCCACGGCGAUGACGAUCAAUACGAUUAA